AUGGAUGAUGAGACAUUCGCGUGUAUCGUCCCUCCAGCAGCCACAAUUCAGCAGUGCUUUGAUCGUCUCCUAAACGAGGCGCCACCCUCGUUAGAUGACGGCGAGGGAACGGAAGGGAAAACGUGGAGCAUGCUGAUUGACCGUAGGGAGUUUGUAGAGGAUACGCUUCAGUCCUUCGAGGUCCUGGAAGCACGGCGGAAGGAAACCAUGAGAAACGCAAGUGGCCAAGCAUACGCAGCUCCUAGCUGUGGCGUAGUGCCCACCGUCGUAGAGCCGUCAGGAAAAGGCCUCCCGUACGCAGUGUCUUCGUUUUUCGGCGAGGGCAAGUGGGAGCACGUGUGGAGUCAGUUUGAGCGUGACGUAGCGCGAGAGACGCUGAUCGUCAACGGUGUAGUGUGCAGAGAUGCUGAGGCUGCCUUUGAGAAAAUUUCAGAUCUCAUGAACGAUGCAUAUGACGAACUGCUAGCACAGAACUCAAAUGAAGAGACGAAUAGUCCCGCCAGGGUGCCGGGAUGGAAAGGACGCGGGAUUCUGCGGACCGCAAGGAGUUUUGUGGAGUUAGUGAAGGAAACAGUGAAGAAGCCUGCCAAGGAGCGAAGGGUAAAAGAAUCCGUUCGGCUGGCUGUUUUGGGAGCUCAGCAGACUAUCUUGGCACUACCACUGGAACUCCUGACCGCACAUUUUUCCAAAUCUGAAGAGGACGUGGGAAAGGAUGAUGAUUAUGUUCCGCAAAUGGUGCACAUAGGGGAAAUGUCAUACGACCCGAGGGAUGAAGGCGUAAAGAGGUACAGUGAAAAUAGUCCAGGGAGAAUGUUCGUGCAAGUAGAACGUCGCAGCCAGGGAAGUAGGUUACCCUUCGUGCGCGUUGACAAACAACUUCGUGUUUUCACGACUGACGAAGCGAUGGUGCGGCGAGAAAAAUUGUAUUUACGCAUAAUUGUUGAAAUUAACCUUCUUUCAGAUGAUCAAGUGGAGCUAAGCUGGGAGUGGGGUCGCCCGUAA